UCGUGUUUUUGUCCAAUUUUUGUCUGCUGUUGCUUGGUGCUUGAAUCAAAAAACAAAAAAACUUUCUUUAACUUCAUUAAACGGGUUGAUUUUUAAGUGAGGCUUGCGAAUAGACAACCCGAACUGUAAGGAACAAAAUCAAGGCUUCGGGAUGGCGGUGAAGCAAGCAGGAGGAUUGCCAACAUCCGAGAAGAAAAAACCGAUCGCAGUGAUUUCGCCUCAGAAAAAAGAAAAAUUGCCGAAAAGUAGUAAGACCGAAAGACUUUCGGCCAAAGACUCUCUCGCCCGAAAAAUUGAAUCUGCCAACCAGAAUCGGUCCUUCUUUUAUGUAAUUGCUGUCGUCCUUAUUGCAUUCGGCUUUGCCAGUCUGCACAUGUACCAUGUAUCAACGAUGUUUGAGAACGAUCGACAUUUUUCGCACCUGUCAAACUUGGAGAGAGAAAUGACUUUCAGGACAGAGAUGGGUCUUUACUAUUUUUACUACAAAACAAUAGUCGAGGCUCCAACCUUCAGUGAUGGACUGGUUCUGAUUCUGAACGACAACGUCACUGAAUACCCCUCAGUAAUCAACACUCUGAAAAGAUUCAAUCUCUACCCUGAGAUUGUGAUUGGUGCUGCAUAUCGACUCUUUGCUGAAGUGACUGGCUGGCUGCAAAUUCCAACAAAGCAAUGCUGGCAGGUGGAGCGAGGCAGUGGCCUUCCCCCUAUCCUCAGUUGUGAGGGCAUAGGUGACCCCAUGUACUUCUACCUUCAGGCCGUCUGGAUCUGCGCUGGUCUCACGGCAGCCCUCAUCUUUAUCUUCGGCACAUUCCUGAGCCGCAGCGCCCUGGGUGGACUUAUCGCCAUCCUUUGUUUCUUCUUUAACCACGGAGAAAGCACCAGAGUGCAGUGGACGCCACCUUUGAGGGAGAGCUUUGCGUACCCAUUUUUGCUGGCACAAAUGCUCAGUAUAUGUGUGUUGCUCAGAGACGCCAGGACUUGUUGGAAAGAGGGAUUGCUUUUUGCCACAAUGACCGUCUGCAGUUUGGUCACCUGGCAGUUCUCGCAGUUUGUUUUGGCCACCCAAGUUGUUGCGGUAUUAAUUCUCUUUGCUGCUGGCAUUGUCAGAAAACAUAUUCUCCUUCUCAUCCUUCUUCUUUUGGCCGCUGCUGUGCACCAUAGUCUGCUUCUUCUGGUUGGCAAUGAGCUCCUGGCCUCGUCUUUCUUGGUCAGCCUUUUAGCUGCAUCACUUCUGGCUGUUCUAUUGUUGGAACCGGCCAUUCGACGCAUGCCCCUCUUCAUCCGUGGUGCUCUCACCCUUGUGGUUUGCUCUCUACUCGCCGUCUUCCUUCGAUCUCGAUUGUCGGCUCUCUUCAGUUCCAACGACGAUGCCCACAUCCUCAACCUCCUGAGGGCCAAACUGGGCAGCUACAAAGACUUUCACACCCUGCUGUACACAUGUUCUCCUGAGUUUGACUUUUUGCCUCUGGAGUAUUUCAAGAAAAUCAGCGAAACUUUGCUAAUGCCCACGGUUUCCGUCGUUCUGUUGGCCGUGGUUGUCCAAUGCAUAACUUCUGUCUACCAACUUUAUUAUCUUAAUCGCCUACAAGGAAGUGACCGGAAGUCUGACGAAAAAACCAAGGAUCAAAAUAAUUCAAGAAUCAGCCAGGAAAAUAUUCAACUGUUUGACACUGAGGUCCUUUAUUUUUUUAUCCAAACGAUUGCGUUUGCCGUGAUGGCCUUGAUGGUGAUGCGGCUGAAACUCUUUCUUACGCCGAAUCUCUGCAUCUUGGCUUCAUUGCUGGCAUCAAGAAAAUUCUUUCAAGUGAUAAAAUCUCAGACUGUCCACUGGGCCAUUGUUGCUGUUGUUUUGAGCGGAAUGUGCGUCCGAGGUUUCCAAAAUAUCAGUCACCAGCGCAGUAUCAUGGGAGAAUACAGUAAUGUGGCUCUUGAACAACUUCUUGAGUGGGUUGAGGCGGAAACCCCUAAGGAUGCAGUUUUUGCUGGACCAAUGCCCGUAAUGGCCAAUUUGCUUCUCUCGACGAGACGGCCCAUCGUCAACCACCCUCACUACGAAGACGCUGGACUGAGGGAAAGAACAAAAAAUGUGUACACCAUCUUCAGCCGGAGGACUCCGCAGGAGGUUUACAAGAUUCUCUCGCACAUGAGGGUGCAGUUUGUGGUGCUCGAAGAAAGCUGGUGCUUCAGAGAAAGCAGGCCCGGCUGUGCCAUGGUGGAUUUGUGGGACGUGGAGGAGCCGGAAAACCGACAUCAGCCACCUCUGUGUCCGCGCCUCUUCCUGCAGAGUUCCAUUCCCUUUGAAAAGGUUUAUUCAAAUAGUGAGUAUGUGGUCCUGUGGUUGCACUCGCAGUACGUUGAGCUCUCUCCGAUGAAGGAGUACAAACUCUGAGCCAUUCAAUGUCAGCAUAUCGAAGACAUGCAUUUUCCAUUAUUGCAUUUUGACUUAUUCCCAUGACUAGUCUGUGAAUAAUUUAACAAGUUAAAUUUUAUUUUGAAAAUUUUAAUGUUCCUUGUUUAAGUCCAACUAUUUAUUUUUCAUUAAUUUUUGGAUGAAAUUUAAGCAUCAAAAUAAAAAGCGCAAUUUGCACACACAAAAAAAUAGAAUUAUUGUCAUUGCAAGUUAAUCCUAUCAAUAAUUCUUACGAUAGGUCAAUUUUCACUGAUAAAAUUU